CCCGGGGGGCGGAGGCGGAGGCGGGCCCGGGAGAGGUGGGAGCCCGAGCCCGAGCCCGCGCCCGCGCCCGCCACCCGGAGCUCACAGCCCGCCGCUGCCGCUGCUGCCGCCGCCGCUGCCCCGCCACAGCGCCCGCGACCGCUCCGCGCAGACAUGGCAAAAAUGUCCAGCCCUACUGAGACUGAGCGGUGCAUCGAGUCUCUGAUUGCUGUUUUCCAGAGGUAUGCUGGAAAGGAUGGUAAUAGCUGCAAACUCUCCAAGACAGAGUUCCUAACCUUCAUGAAUACAGAGCUGGCUGCCUUCACAAAGAACCAGAAGGACCCUGGUGUCCUUGACCGCAUGAUGAAGAAACUUGACACCAACUCCGAUGGGCAACUGGACUUCCAAGAAUUUCUUAAUCUUAUUGGCGGCUUGGCCAUAGCUUGCCACGACUCCUUUUUAAGGUCUACCCAUUUCCAGAAGUAAAUCUGAGGGGGGCUCUUGGGCCUGGCCUGCAGACCACCCCCUUUCCUUCAAAACAGCCUCCCAGUCAUCAUCUCCUCAUCACUUCCUACACGUCCUUGAGCCCAGAGCAUCCACUGCCCCGUGCAGGCCAGUCCUGCUGGUGGUAAAUAAAGAAAUGGCGUUUUUUAAAAUUUA